CACGCUCGCCACUUGAUGGCUUGGGCCCAACUCGGACUCUCUACCCGAUGCGAGCGAUAAUCGACAACCCCAUUCCCGCAGAUUCUCACAUCGAAUUGAAUAGUUCGUGCUCUGACACAGUUUUUACGGUAUCCUUGUGAGAUUCUGGAGUUUUGGCUGGCAGUAAGUGGGAGCCGGCCUAGGCAGCGAUGGCGUGUUGAUGAUCACUGGAAGUAUUGAGGAACUCGUUUUCUCGGGUGGUGGUGGGGUUUGUGCAUCACAACUAUGGCAUUCGCUAGAGCAGCUGCUCGGAGAUUGCUAGGAGGGAGAGCGAAGUUCACCGCCCGGUCGGCGACCUCGGCUUCCCGAGAUCUCACCGGAAGUGCAGUCCAUCACCAGGAUCUACAACCGCCUGUCCAUGGACAUUCAAGAAACUCCAGACUGGAGAAUGGAGUAGUCAGGCUGGAUAAAAUGGAGAGGAGUACACCGUCUAGGCACAUGUGCACAAUGCCGGAGUUGCCUUCGGAGAAAUCGUCCACUGUAACGGGAAUGAUCACAGUCGCUGAACUGAAAGAGCUUGCUCGUACGAAAACCAUCGACACCGUCGUAGUUGGGCUAACAGACUGCUAUGGCCGUUUAGUCGGGAAGAGGUACACAGCAGAUUUUUUCUUGGAAAGUGCAGUGGAUGACGGAACGCAUGCUUGCUCUUAUCUGCUCGCGACUGAUAUGGACAUGGAGCCAGUUCCAGGGUAUAAGUUUGCUAGUUGGGAGGCUGGCUAUGGCGACAUCCAUCUAGUUCCUGACAUGAAGACGCUGAGGGUGGCAAGCUGGCUAGAAAAGACCGCCUUGGUGUUAUGCGACGUAGUUCAGGACGACCAUGAACUAGCUCCUCAUGCACCACGCUCCAUUCUUCGCAACCAAAUAAAGGCUGCACAAGCAGUGGGCAAGUUUACUCCGAUGGCUGCUUCAGAGCUCGAGUAUUUCCUUUAUAAGGACACAUAUGAAGAAUCGAAGAAUAGGGGCUAUCAUAACCUUAAGCCAGCUGGUUGGGUGCGGGAGGACUAUCAUAUUUUUCAGGGAACUCGUGGUGAAUACUUCCAUGGCCCAGCCCGACGCCACCUGGAAGCUUCUGGAGUUCCAGUUGAAAAUAGUAAAGGAGAGUUUGGACUUGGACAACAUGAGCUGAAUGUGAAAUAUGCGGAAGUCCUAGAAAUGGCUGAUCGGCAUAGUGUAUACAAGCAGUGUUUGAAGGAGCUUGCAGAUUCUAUGGGUGUUUCAGUCACAUUUAUGGCAAAGCCAGAUGCCGCACAACCAGGCUCUAGCUGCCACAUUCAUCUUAGCCUUUGGGAGAAUGGACGUAACAUUUUUGCUGGAAAUCAAACUCUCGGCUCUACAAAAUGCAGUGAUGAAUUCCGAUGGUUUCUGGGCGGAUGGAUGCAUUACACCCCAGAACUUAUGUGCUUCUAUGCGCCUAACGUAAAUUCAUACAAGCGCUAUGUUUCAGGAAGCUGGGCUCCUACGCAAAUAGCAUGGAGCCGAGAUAACCGAACUGCGCCCUUUCGAGUCCUUGGGUCAGGAAAGUCAUUGCGUAUAGAGUGUCGGUUGCCGGGUGCCGACUGCAACGUGUACCUUGCAUUUGCUGCAGCGCUUGCCUCUGGAAUGGAUGGUAUUCGCAACAAGAUCGAGCCGCCACCCCAACUAGAGGGCAACGUCUAUUUCGCCAAGGAUCUCUUGACUAUUCCUCAAUCACUGGGAGCGGCGACAGCAGCUUUCAAGGACAGUAAGUUUGCAAAGGAAAUGCUGGGGGAAGACGUCCAUCACCACUACCACCACUUCUUUGACAAUGAGCUUCUCGCUUAUCAACAAGCAGUGACAGACUGGGAGAAAGCACGAUAUUUCGAGCAAAUAUAGGUGAAAAUUCGUUUUCUCAUAAUUGUUCUUAUUUGAGAGGUGCUUUUGAGUUGUUUCUUGUAAGUGAUUGAGCAAGUAAAAACGCCUACUCCAGUCUGAGGGGUAAAUUAUGCAUUAUCAAGGAUCAAUGUAAACUUCCCGGCAAAUUAUGCAUUGAGGUUUUGAAGGAUCAGUCCAAACUGCCUGAUUGGAACAGUUCGGUAAUUGUCCCUCAAUAGCGUUGUGUGACGCCCAAACAUUACGUUUAAUAAGGUUUUGGAAGCUCCUCUGCAAAGCAAAGCAAUGCAGUGUGCGCUUUGGUAUCCAGCCAUUUGAUCAUA